UUAUUUGAAUGAUUUUUAAAAACAACGAAGUAUUAAGAGACACAAAUUAAAAGGAAGUAGAAAAAGUUGAAGAAAGAAAAGUAAAUUCAACAUUUGUCUGUUUACUAAUAUUUCAUAGAUUAGUUUAGUCUGUACUUCCUGUUCGCCGUCGCCAUAGUCUGGUGUAUUUAGUUUUCUGUUUAGGUUUCUUGCUUAACUCCAGUAUUGGAUAUUUAAAUAUUGGAUAGUAACAGUUGAUAAGGGACUUUUAAAGAAGGUAAAGAUGUGAACUAUCCUGCCCUAUUUAAUUAUAUUGCUUAAGGAAAUCCAAGAGAAAGCAGACAAGAGGGACGAGAGCAUUGUGUUGAGGAAUAACUUGUUUAUUUUCAACGAGUUGAAAGGUUAAAAGCAUAGGGAGUCAACGAACGAAAAAUAACUAUUUUAAUUAAUGACUCAUAUUUACUAUGUAUUCUUAUUGUCACUGAAUUAUGUCAUGACAAAUGAUGAAAAAUUACGGGUUAUGAAAAGUUUACAACAAAUUAAUUGACCUUUAUAUAUAUAUAACUAUAUACAUAUAUAAUCAAAGAUAAUUUUUUUAUAUGCUUUUGACUGAAAAAUGAACGUGUUUAUAUAUAUAUAAGAAGAUCUGAAGAAGGAAUUGUAAUUCCGAAAUAUCAUCGGACUAUAGAUAACCAAUUACAACAGGUCUGUGUUGUGAAAAGUGGAAUUCUACCAGAUAUCACCAUUAUUAGCUAAAAUAACCAGUGUGUGAUAUUUAGUUCAGUUACCUGAGAGUAACAAUGUUAUGAUUAAUAUUAGGGAAAAGUCUUUAUAUCACAAACAUGUCUUGAAUUGACAAACAUUACUUCAUUGAAACAAACAUUUGAUCAAUGGGACAUUUCUGGAAAUAUGUUCCAAAUUCUACAUCUAAUUCAGAAAUAGCAGUCAAUUCUACUGCAUAUCAUCAUACCAUGUCAUCUUAAAAAACCCCAAACAAAGGACACGUUGGACAAUAUAGUCCUGUAUAUAUAAGGACACACUGGACAAUAUAGUCCAAGAAAAGAUGGAAGGGUUAUGGCUCAGCCAUUUGGUUAUGGGACUGCUUGCUCAAUCAGGGUUGACUUGGAGCUGAACAACAUCUAUAGAAAAUAAAUUCUACUGUUAAGUUUAUUGAAGUAAUUUUUAUUUGGCAAGAGAUUUGUUUUAUAAGAAAAGUGUUCAUAGGAAAAAAUAAAAACAUUAUUGAUUGGAAUAUAUAAAAAUGGAGGAGAAACCUCAUAUAUGUGAUGUUUGUGGGAAAAUAUUCACCCAUGAAGAUCACUUAACAAUUCAUGUUCGUAUUCACACUGGUGAAAAACCUUACCCCUGUGAUAUUUGUGGGAAAGCUUUUUCUUGUAACAGUUACUUAUCUCAUCAUAAACGUAUUCAUAAAGAAAAGGUACACCACUGUGAAAUUUGUAGGAAAUCAUUUUCUCGUAACAGUGAACUAAUUUAUCAUAUACGUGUUCACACAAGAGAGAAACCGUAUGAGUGCGAUAUCUGUGGGAAAGCAUUUUCACGUAACAAUAAAUUAUCUGAUCAUAAACGCGUUCACACUGGAGAAAAACCAUACCAGUGUGAAAUUUGUGGGAAAGCAUUUUCUCAGAAGAGUGCAUUAACAAAUCAUACUUAUAGUCACACAGGAGAAAAACCUUAUCAGUGUGGGGUCUGUGGGAAAACAUUAUCUUCCAGCAGCACCUUAUCAUGUCAUAAACGUCUUCACAAAGAAAAACGAUUCAGCUGCCAAAUUUGUGAUAGAAAGUUUUCUCGUAACAGUGAAUUAAUUUAUCACAUACGUGUUCACACUGGGGAGAAACCAUAUACAUGUGAAAUCUGUGGGAAAGCAUUUUUGCGAAACACCAAAUUAUCAGUUCAUAAGCGUGUUCACACUGGUGAAAAACCAUACCAUUGUGAAAUUUGUGGGCAAACAUUUGCUUGGGAUAGUCAAUUAAAAGUUCACAAACAUACCCAUACAGGAGAAAAACCAUACAAAUGUCAAACCUGUGGGAAAGGGUUUUCCUGCAGUAGUGGCUUAUCAGAUCAUAAACGUGUUCACUCUGGAGAAAAACCAUAUAGCUGUGAAUUUUGUGGGAAAGCAUUUCCUCGAAAUAGUGCAUUAACAGAUCAUAGACGUAUCCAUACUGGUGAAAAGCCCUACCACUGUGAAAUCUGUGGUAAAUCAUUUUCCAGUAGCAGCAGUUUGUCAGGGCAUAGCCAUAUUCAUUCUGGUAAAAAAUCAUUCCAAUGUGAUAUUUGUGAGAAAGGGUUUUCAAGAAACAGAAAUUUAUUAUCUCAUUAUCGUGUUCACAUAGGAGAGUGAUAAUCUAAUAUGAAGUUUGUGAUAUUAUCCCUCAAUAUCCAAUUUAUUUUGGACUGAAGACAAAUGAAACUGGCAUUUUUUCAGGUAUUUUCUCAAAAUUAUUUCUUCUAAUAUAUUUUUAUAUUCAAAGAUUAUUGUUUCUAAAAAUGACAGAGACACAUAAAAAUAUUUAAAUUAGGAAAAAAUUCUAUGACAGUUGUAGUAUUUUUUGUUGUUACAAUCAACCAGUUGUAACAAUAAAACAAAUAUGUUAUGUACUAUUUUUCAUCAUUGUUAAAUUGUUUAAAUCCUUUUCUCUGUGUGUGUGAAUGUAUAUUGAUAUAUGAUGCAUAUUUGUAUAUGCAGGCUUGACACUGCGAUAAGACGUUUGUUUCCCAACCACAUGGUCUCUGUUUCAGUCCCACUGCAUGAUACUUUGGUCAAGUACCUACUAUAGGCCCUCUCUGACCAAAGCUUUGUGAAUGAAUUUGAUAGAAACAAUGAAGCCUGUUGUGUAUAUAUAUAUAUAUAUAUAUA